AUGCCUAAUAAGCCAAUAACCAGUAACUGUGGUAAUAGCAAGAGGUGUGUGCCACGCCCCGCGGAGUCUUGGAACCAGCAGCUUGAGAAGGGAAAAGGGUCUAACAAACAGAUUGUGGUGGAUUUACAUGGUGUGGAGUGUGGACCGUGUAAACUUGUUGCCCCAGAUAUUGUGGAAGAGUUAGCCUGGAAGCUGCCCAACGUCACAUUCUUGAAAGUCGACGUGGAUGAAUUGAAGAUAAAAAGAAUCCACGUUACUCCUUCUGUUGCUCAGGAGUGGGAUGUGCAGGCAAUGCCGACCUUUAUUUUCCUAAAAGAUGGGGAAAUUGUGGAGAAAUUUACUGGUGUCAAUAAAAUGAAGCUGCAGUCAACUGUAGAAAAGCUUGCUAUUGAGACUGCAUGA